AUGGAGGAUAGGAAGAGAUCAGCUGGCGAUGAUCUUGCGCCUCCAACCAAGAGACAAGCCGUCAAUGGUAAAGCCUCCGCAGAUGCCGAUAUGCCCUGGGCCGGCGAUCUAGAGCACUACCAGAAAGAUGCGAUCUUGCGCCAGUUGCAGGAGUACAAGCGGGAUAAGAGCACACUUGAAUCGCAGUUGAAAAGUAUCCAAUCCAAGGCCGCGCAUCAUGAUGAUCAUCUUCGCGUAGUCGAUGCUUGGUGGUCGCAGUUAUUGGACGAGAUUAAGCUAUUGGCACAAGAUGAAAUCCCUGAGGUUGAUAAUGAUGCUACGUUCCCUACCGCCCUCCACUUCAAGGGCAGCGAGGAAUUUCAAGGUCAUCUUACUUCCAAAGCCAAGGAAAUUAAAGCAAAACUACAGGUCAUUUUCACAAGACUGGCUGCUUCCCGGGGAGAACAAUCGCCAGAUAUCGAGGAUUUGCAAUCCAAGCUCACAAAAUUAUUGGGCGCCCAGAAGGAGUUUGUGAUCAAGCUGGACAGACUUCGCACGGAGAGGGAUGAGCUGAAUGAACGUCUGGAAACCGCAUCCCUUCGUUACAUUAAAGCCGAGAAGAAAUAUGACCGAGCGAGAAGCGCCGCCGUUGCCAAGCUUGAGCAGCAGGCCAUGAACGGAUCUGGAAACAGUGCUGGUAGUGGUAAUGGGAAUGCGGAAAAUGGUGAUGUCGAGAUGACAAAUGGAAUAUCUGAGGCCAACGAAGCUUCCCAGACCGCAUACAAGGAAGUAUUGGCUGUAGCUGAGAAGCAAAGGGAGCAGAUGGAGAUUAUCAAUGCCGAGAACAAGGCCCUGACUGAGCAGCUCACAGCGGCUUCUACUCGGCUUUCCAGCUUGACAGAGGAUGACUACGCAAGAACCGAGCUGUUCAAGCAGUUCCGAAGUCAGCAUGAGGAUGUCAUUCGUCGAAUCAACCAUUUGGAGGCCACCAAUAUUCAACUCCGGGAAGAUGCCGAGAAGUACCAAGCCGAACGAACCGCCUACCGAGUCCAGGUUGAGGGAGAGUCCGAAAUGAUUACGGGUGAUCUCGAGAAUCAAAUGCAAAGAGUCGAGACCGAUCUCACGAGAAUUCGGGCUGUCAGAGACGAGCUACUUGCCGACCAAUAUAUCCGCAAGCCUGGCCAGGAUCAAGAACGCCCGUCUGCCAACCAUUUUAAGGAGCUCCUGGCCGGAAAAGAUGAACGAAUAGAUGCAUUGGAGUCCGAGGUUGAGCGAUUGAAGGCCUCUAUCAACGAGCAGCCCUGUGGCUUGACUCCGCGACCACAGAUCGAUUCGCUCGACUUGGAGGCUCUUCGUAGAAAAUAUGAAACCCUGGAGCUCCAAUUCGAUGCUAUCAACAAGGAGUUACCUGCGAUGCAAAAUGCCUAUAAGCGAGUUCAAGCUCUGUCGACAAAGAAAGUCAUUGAUCUGAGCGUCUUGGAGGAGAAGAUCCAGGUCCUCUCUGCUGAGAAGGCCAAGGCUGAUCAGAAAUAUUUCGCUGCCCGGAAAGACAUGGAAACCCGAAUCGUGGAGGUCAAGGUGCUCAAGACUCAAAAUGCCAAGAGCUCCGAGAUCAUCACCCAGUUAAAGGAUGUCGAGACCGCGAACCGAACCCUACUCGGAAAUCUAGAGAAGCAACUGAGUGAUAUGAAGCAAACCAACACCUCCACCAUGGCCGAGAACAAGAAGAUGGAGUCGACAAGCCGCGAAGCUACCAGCAAGGCAGAAGCUCUUGGCAAGCAAGUUACUGAACUUUCGAACCUGCUGAAGUCGAAAGAUGCACACAACUUAAAUACUAAGCAACGAAUUCAAACAGUUGAGCUGGAAUUGGAGAAGCUUCAGGUGAAGUACGAUCAUGUCCAGAGGGAGAGAGACCAGUGGAAGAAUAAGAGUCUGAGCAACCAGUCUGGGGAGGAGGAAAUGCUUCGGACUCUCGCUCUCUGCACUAUUUGCCGCAAGGAUUUCAAGAACACGGCAAUCCGAAGUUGUGGUCACACAUUCUGCAACAACUGUGUUGCUGAUCGUCUUGCAAACCGGAUGCGAAAAUGCCCCAACUGCUCCAACCCGUUCGAUAAAUCGGACGUCAUGGCGAUCCAUCUUUAG